CUCGUCAGUUGACGCCAACUUGGGCAACUUUGCAAUGGGCAUGACAAGGUUUAUUACUGGAAUCUUUUCUUCGUUGAUGUUGUACAGAAUUGGAAGGAAACCUCAGGCGUUGAUAUCAAGUGUCGGUGUAGGAUUAUCAUUCAUAGCUCUGGGCUCGUACAUUCACUCCAAGAGCCCGCCCAGCGUCAUUCCCGUGGUGUGCUACGUGUCCACCGUCAUGUUCGCCACCCUCGGCUACUACACCAUACCGCUUCUGAUCAUGUACGAACUGUAUCCAUUGCAGGUGCGUGGAUUAUUGGGUGGCAUCACAGUGUCGUUGUUGAAUUUCAUGAUAUUUGGAGUGAAUAAAUUGUAUCCAUAUUUACGAAAUCUAAUCGGAAUCGCUAAUAUAACUUUAUGCUUUGGAACUUCUUCUUUAUUAGGCAGCAUAUACCUCUACUUCUACUUGCCAGAGACAAAAGGGCUGACUCUCCAAGAAAUAGAGGAGUACUUCAACGAUCGUCGCGCCACGCUAGUGUCACAGCGCCACGUGAUUGCCGCACAACUUAGCCAGGGGUCUUCAUCAAGGAACGUCGACAGAAACGCAACCAAGUCACAAGAUAUGAAGAAGCAAAAAUCGGAGAAUAAAUCGGAGAACAAAUCAGAGAAUAAAUCAGACCAGGACAAAUCAGAUGUACUGCAGUUGAGGAAGAAAAAGAAAGACAGACAGAGUGAAGGGUCUACAAGUGCUUCAAAGGAUGAGAGAGAAUAAGUGAAAUUAUGGUAAUAGUUAAAUUAAUGUGGUAAAGCCAUAUUUCAAAAGGAGUUUAGGAACAGACGGGAAGGUUUUUUAUGAAAAUAUGUCUUCUUGUACGAGUAUGUAUUAAGAAAGUGUUACAGUAAAUAGAGCUAUUGUCAUAAUACAUGUGGUGCAUGUCUUUGAUUUUUAUCAAGUAGAAACCCUACACACUGAAAUUGGAGUAAUUAAAAAGCUCCUUAAAAAAUGGGCCAAUCAGGAAACGUUUCUGAGAGCUACUUCAUCUAUACAUUGCAAGUGCUAGGAGUUUCAAUUUUUGCAUGGGGGUUCCUUUUAGAACGUAGGUGCUCACUAAGAAUUUUA